AUGACUCCGAAUGUGCCUUCUGUUGCUCAGCAACGUGGUGAUAUGAAUGCAACAAGACAACGUGGUUUUUCUGACCAACCAUCCUCUUUACUUCCAUCAAGAAAUAAUAACAAAGAAUUUAAUAACAACAACACGACAACAUCACCCAAUGUAUUAUUAUUGAAUAAUAAUUUAGAACAUCAUUUUGGCAACAAUUAUGAAAUAUCAUCACAAAGUGAUCCGAGGAGAAGAAGUGUGAGCGACUCAAGCGUGCCAAAUAGUAUGAACAGUAGUAACACACAAAACAAUGAUCCUACUAGCGUUGUUGUUGACAACUUCAAAUUUUAUCCUACGUCAUCAACUUCUCCAUCAUCAGCAUCCAAUGUAACGAUUUCAACCAACAAUUUAUUGUUCAAUACCGAUUCCCAUGUACCACCUCCACCAAUAGUAAUUUCUCCAUCCACAGAGCCUCAUUCUGUUGCAAUUUCCAAGAACACAAUUACAGAACCGAAACAACAUCCUCAUUCUUCUUCUGCCACCGAUGAAUGGCUUGUAAUUCCCAUUCUCAUAGUGAGCUCACUUCCCAAAGAAGUAGAUCAAUUAUUGAGAACUUAUACGUGUGGAAAGCAUUUGAAGAAACAAGCCCCUCCUUGUUGUGUACCUCACCACACGGAAGGAGCAAAGUCAUCAACUCACAAAAACAAAUUGAAAAUUUCUCUGAAUAGUAGUUUGAAUACGGUGACAAAUCAAAUUCCAAAGUUAGACAAGAAUCAAUUAGCAACCUCUGACAAUAUUAAUCAGCAACAACACACAACAGCCAUUGGAGAUAUGUCUCAACAAGCAAUUUCUGCCGAGUCAAAUGAGCAAAAACAACAACCUAAAAUACCUCUUGUGUAUAAUAACUACCUUUCUCCAAGAUCGUCACAUUCAAGGACGUCUACAUCUUCUAACAACUCCUCAUCUCCUAACACAGAAGAAGAUGGUCAGUCGAAACAUCACAGAGACAUUAGUCCUCCUGGAAAUCAUCACAACAAACAUCAUUCAUCAGGCAGACCAAAACAUCAUCACCACAAGUCGAGCAGUGGAAGCCUCGGAGUGUCCUUUCAAAUACCUCAACAAAAUUUGGCAGGGGUCACCCGAUCUGGCUCAAGAAAGAAUGUACAUGCCUCUGGCUCAACAACAAACGAGGAUUUAAUACCAGGUAUUCAAAAUAUUCAACAUCACAUUCAACAACAAUUGCAUUUGCAGGACAAUAUUGCAGUGCCUCCUCAACAGCAAACUGGAGCAACGACUGGUAAAAAGACGAUACCGCCAACAGUGCCACCCAAACCAAAAACAGAGCAAGAUUCAAACAAACUUAAUUAUUAUUUGAGAAAAAACAAGAGAGUUACUGAAUGGUAUAUUGAGGAGCAUAGCGUUGACUAUUUAAGGCAUUUAGACGAAUUUUUUGAAAAGAAUGAGGUUAGCCAACUGAGCAAUAUUUCACAUGACUUGUUAAACACUGGUUUUCAUUUGGAAGAUUUGAUUGCUAUUGAAGAAGAAGAAUUUUUUGAAAGUUAUUUGGAAAAAUCAAUACCGCCUGUUCCUGAAAAGAAAAAAUUAUUAUUUCGAGUUUGUCACACAGGUUCUAGACAUGCCUUGUCACUACGUCAAGCUCUGUACAAACAAAUGCUAUUGGAACAAAAACCAGAGCAAAAUCAAACCAUAGCACCAACAGUAGUUAUUUUUGUAUUCAGCUAUACAAAUUCCUCUUGUUCUCUAGAAAAUACUGCAAUGACAUGGAUGAAAGAAAUCAAUUCGAUCUAUCCGACAUUUUUCUCGCAAGGCAAUUUCAUGCUGGCAGGCCAUAUUGAACUGAACAAAUCUACGAAACAACAAAUAGCCUUAUUGAGGAGAAACGUGGAAGAUGCAGCAGCCAAUGUUGGGCUAGUUCAAAAACCAAAACAUUACUAUCACUUUCAUCAAAAAGCAGUUCCACUUUUUCAAAACAAGAAAAAUCAGCGACUGAACAUUGUCGAAUUUGAUACACGGUUGGGAACCAAUAUUCCUCAAAUAUUUUUCGAAGCCUAUCGAUUAUACUGCCUAGAUUUUUAUAGAAAAAGCAUUGUGAAUGCACUAACAACCAAACCACUCUCUCCACAAAUUUCAAAUACUCCUCAUUCAGCAUCUCCAAACGAGGCUACCAACCAGCAUCACGACUCCCAAAGUCCUCCCUUGCACUCUACUACUCUUUCUCCUGAAAACAAAUCUUCAACGGACGACAGUAAAAAGAAGAAAGACAACCUGGCCGUAGAUACGACAGAAACGACCUCCCACAUAUCACCUCACACAUCUCCCCAUCACGAUGAAGAUCAUCCCAAGGAAGAGACCAAGACUGGUUUAAUCUCUCCUACAAACAUUUUACCUCCACAAAAACAGGAAUCCACGAAAACAGAAAAAACAGCUCUAACCUUGGGAUUGUUGAAAAUUUUCAAAAAGACCAAGAAAGAAGAAACUCAAGUCAAGAAACCCACAGUAGAAAAAUUACUAAAAAAUCAAAAGAAGAAAAAGAAAAAGGAAGAAGAAAUAUUCCGUUGGCAAAAAGUUGCUGACAAUUUAAUUAUGGCUGAAAAACCAAAGAAAAAGAAUAAGAAAGACAACAAACAGGGCGUUGCUAUAAAAACAGAUUCCAUUAGCUCUGCAGAUGAUCAUAGAGAAGUCAUGACAGACACCUAUUUCCUCAACAGAAAGAAUCUAUCCUUAUUUCCAUAUAAUGUGCACGCAUUAGAACAGAGUGAUGCAUCACCACAAAUUGAAAAGCAUAAUAGCAGUGUUCUGUCAAAGCCGUUGGAAGAGAACGAAUAUCUUGAGGAUCCUACAGAAAACGAUUUGAUGGGAGAAGUAUCAGAAUCGUCAUCAAUUCCCGACACGUUUGAACACCAAUUCACAAGUAAUAAUGUUAUUACCAACAAUACUACAAACUCCUCCUAUCAAGAAUAUAACUCAUACUUUCCAGGAGAUUCUUCCUUCUCUCAUCCAGGUGAGGUGAUUGCUAGUGACGACGAAGAGGCUGGUCUGGACACUGAGAAUGACAUUUCUUCAGAAGUAGACGAUUUCACAUUUCAAUCCAGUGUAGGCUCAACACCACUCAUGGCCAAUAUUCCAACCAUUUUCACAAAUAUUGGGGAGAAUCGACAUGCUCUUGGUGGAGAUGGGCUAACCCCAAGAGCCUCCACUGCCACUCACGUCUGGGAAGAAUUGGAUGGUGAAGAUUUGGCUUCUGUGGGAGAGAUGGCCUAA